GCUGAAAUAAAAGAGAAGCAGUUUUGUGUUGAGGGGCGCUGUGGAGUCUCUCAGUAACAGACUUCGUCUCUUUCCAGUCACUGUUUAAUCCGAACAGUCAUUUGAAUGAAAUGUCAAACAACAGCUCCAAUAGCAGUAACCUGGUUCUUGCCCAGAAAGCUGUGAAACAGCUGCGGCUUGAGGCAAGUGUCCGGAGAAUCAAGGUUUCACAAGCUGCGGCUGAACUGAAGACAUUCUGCUUGCAAAAUGCCCAUAGGGACCCGUUGCUUGUUGGGGUUCCAUCCAGUGAUAAUCCAUUCCGGCCUCCAAAAUCCUGCGAACUCUUCUGAGAUGAAAGGGCGAAGGCCCCAUAAACAAGUCUUACAAGUCGCUCUUCAUUCACUUCAUAAGUGAACUCUGCAACUGAUCCAACACUGCUUUUACAUUUUCACAUCAUCUUUAUUAUUAGCAUAAAACGCUAUAGUUUAAACCUGUUGUUUUUAUGUGUCCUGUAUUUGACCUUAAAAUAGGGGAUUUUAUGUAUUGUCUAAUUACAAUAAAAAAUAAAUUUUGUGUGCAGACAUAAAAGGUCAAUUAAUUCUCAGCCUGUAGUGUGUUGUACAGUAUAAGAUAUAACUGGUAUAUAAACUUGCUCAUGAAUGAGGGCAUACAUUAUAUUUAAGAUGGUAGAUGUAUGUAAACCCAACACUGUUGAUAUGAAUACCGCUUCUUUUGUUUAGAUUACGGUAUCUUACGUUAUGUAAGGCUCAAGACAUUUUGUCAUAUUGUUUUCUAAAAAAAAAAAAAAAAAAAACUAACACUAAUAUCUUCCUUUUCCGUGACUCGUGUUAUGCCAAAAUACCACGCAAUAAAUAUAAUAUGAUCGCAGAUGCUUUGCAUUCUCAUGUGUACCACAAUGCAUAACAAACAGCUGGAUUUCAGGUGUUAUUACCUACUGAUUCCAUUUAUUUUCUUUCUGAAUAUGUUUGAUGUAAGGAGUGAGCAUUAGUAACAUAAUGUUAAAGCAGGUGUCCAAGAAAUUCAUCAUGAUAAUGUACUGAUAUAUUAUGUAUAUAUUAUGAUUUGUUUUGGAGUGUUCUCUCUCUCUCUCUCUCUCUCUCUCUCUCUCUCU